CGCGGGCCGCGGGUCGUCGAUGUAGGGCGGCUCGGGCGGCGCGGCGGGCGGCGGCCGCGACAGCCGCGGCGAGCGGCGCGCGACGCGCGGCAGUCGCACGCGGCCACGUGCGCGCACCGCCUCCGCGCCAUAGACAGUACGCCCGCGCGCCCCGCCAUCGACUCGCUCAAUAUUUCGGGGACGUUAUAGUGCGAUAUUAUAUGACAGAUACCCAUUUAUUAACACCAUUAUCACAUCUCUCUUUUUACUCGGCUAGUGACAUAUAUUAAUCCUCCUAGUGCUCUAACACUUUACGGGUCAAUAGGAUAUCAAGAUGCUAUAAAUUGAUAAGAAAAAUUCUGUAACCAUACAACAAAAGACUGAUGGCAAAAUGCCCACUAUGAAAAUAAUGAAUAACAAUAAAAACCGAUAGUAGAAUGGGUGUCGCGUAAAUUACGAUGGAGAAGUCGAUGGAGCCUCAAGCUCUGAAAAAAUGCCCCCAUUGGACGUUUCUUGUGCCCCCGUGGGGAUUCACGGAUCGAGAGGAAGAGAAGCUUUAUUCAGCAUACACACAGCGGCAGAGACAACGAGCCAUACCACGGCUGCUCCUCACCGGGGUGCUGCUGCAGCUGUUCGCGACCGUGGUGCCGGGAGAGAGGGACUUGCUUUUCGCAUACACGUCCGUAGCAAUAGCGUUGUUCCUCAAUUUGACCCUGGCUUCUGUGUACAUCUGCGUCCGGUUUGCACGCCCUGCUCUUAUUCAUAUAGCAUGGCUCGUCUUGUGGGCACAGCUCCUAGUCAGUGUAUCCCGACGCCUCGGUGACUCCUACAAUGAACUUCUGGGUUGGGCUGUCGUUCUACAAUAUUUCACAUUGGCUACUCUCCCUUUCCAUUACUUGUUACUGAUACUUUAUAGUACAUUAUCAUUUUCCGCAUAUCUUUUGGUCCAAUACUACAAUGCAUCUACGUCAGAAAGCAGAUUAGCCGAGGACUUUUCCUAUCAGCAAAUAGCAAAUGGCUCACUACUGCUAGGUGCUACUUUACUCGGGGGAACAGCAUACGCAAUAAACGAGCGACAACAACGCAGCUCUUUUCAAGAAACAAAAAGAAGUUUAGGAGAUAAACUCACAAUAGAACAGCAAAGUAAAGAACAGGAACGUUUACUGCUGUCCGUACUUCCAGAGCACGUAGCAGUUCAGAUGCGGCGAGACCUAGGUCUCAUCGAUACACAAUUUAAGAAAAUUUAUAUGUCCAGGCAUGAAAACGUGAGCAUCCUGUAUGCAGACAUCGUGGGUUUCACUGCUAUUUCUUCAACUUAUUCAGCACAAGAUCUUGUCGCAAUCUUAAAUGAGCUGUUCGCACGAUUUGAUAGAUUGGCUGAGAAAUAUCAACAACUACGAAUUAAAAUUCUGGGUGAUUGCUACUAUUGUAUAAGCGGAGCUCCGGUGGAACGGGCUGACCACGCCGUUCUUUGUGUGCACAUGGGCUUGUCCAUGGUCAAAGCUAUAAAAUACGUCCAACAGACAACCAACUCUCCUGUUGACAUGCGUGUCGGGAUACACACGGGAGCAGUGUUAGCGGGCGUCCUGGGACAAAGGCAGUGGCAAUUUGACGUUUAUUCCCGAGAUGUAGAGCUUGCUAACAAAAUGGAGAGCAGCGGAAUGGCAGGCCGUGUACACAUAUCCGAAGUGACCUUGAAUUUUCUCAAUGAUGAAUUCGAAGUGGAGCCGGCACACGGUGAGCGUCGUGAAGAGAUGCUUCGCCAAGCUGGAGUGAAAACGUACUUCAUAGUGCGUGUGUUAAAACCGUAUCAGGGAGGCGAAGACAAGAGUGCCACGGAGGGCGAGGCCGGGGAGGGCGACGACGCGCUCUCCGACCUCAAAGACGACGACGAGGACUCUGUUCUUUCACCGCAAGACGAGAGCAAGGACAAUGAAGAAUUGAAAAUACUCACGAUGUUGCAAGAAGAGCUCGUGAAUAGAGAUGACGACAAGGAGUUAGCAGACGCGACUACUCUCUGCUUGACGUUCAAAGCGUCCGGCGCGGAAGAGGCGUACGCGCGGCGCAGUGACCCGUGUCCGUUGGCGGUGGCGGCUCCCCCGGUGAUGCUGCUGCCGUGCGUUGUGACCCUCGCCAGCUUCGCCGUGCCGCCGGCUUGGUCCCUCCAUGCCGUCUACCUCGCAUUGGUGCUCGAGACUGGCCUAAUUAAUGUGGUGUAUUACGCCUGCUUUCGAUAUGCUCAAUUUAAGAAAAAAUCAAUAAGUCCGUAUUGGAAAUUGACAUGCGGUACGUUCAACAUAGCCAUGUUCGUCGCAGCGAACGUUGCUCCACUGAUCAUCUGCGGAAGCUAUGAGUCCGUAUUGAUGGAUGGUUUACGAGAGGAUGCGCCUGCGCACAGCGGAGCAAGACGCUGCAUCCAUCAUUCAUAUUAUUACCACGUGGGAGCCGGGGCUCUAUGCGGGGCGCUGUGGGUGUCUCCACUCGGGGGCUGGGCCCGAGGCGCGCUGUUAGCUACGCUAGCAGCUGCGCACGCGCUUCCCGUCUUUAUCUACCCCGAACUGUUGGUGCCACGGCCAAGUCUCGACAGAGACCCCUACAGAGUGCACUUCAACGCGACCGUCGAUUAUGAUGAAGAUUUCUUCAACAUCAUUGCGCAGAUCCACACUGGGCGCAACAUCAUAAUGCUGUUCUUCGUAACGAUUGCUCUGCUUAUAUUCAACAGAUACAGUGAAUCGCUGGAGCGCGCGCGGCAUUCGCGUGGUGAGCGCAUGCGCGCGCAGGCGGAGCAGGCGGCGGACUUGCGCCGGCGCAACCAGGCGCUCAUCCACAACGUGCUGCCGCCCCACGUGGCGCGACACUUCAUGGGCGCGCGCCACCACCAUCGCGAUCUCUACAGUCAGAGCUACGCAGAAGUUGGAGUUUUGUUCGCAUCUAUGCCCAAUUUUUCAGAAUUUUACUCCGAAGAAACCGUCAAUAAUCAAGGGCUGGAAUGUUUGCGAUUUCUCAACGAAGUUAUAUCAGAUUUCGAUUUGCUCCUGGAAGAUGCUAAAUUCAGUAAGGAUAUCAUCAAAAUAAAGACAAUAAGCUCCACGUAUAUGGCUGCAUCUGGGUUAAAUCCCACUCGACAAAUGCAACCUUCAGACGGGGUUUUGGUUCGCUGGGCUCACCUCGCCUGCCUGGUGGAGUUUGCCCUUGAGCUGCAGCGUGUGCUAGCUGCCAUCAACGAGCAGUCCUUCAACCAUUUCGUACUGCGUAUGGGAGUCAACCACGGGCCCAUCACCGCCGGCGUCAUUGGCGCACGAAAACCGCACUACGAUAUCUGGGGGAACACCGUCAAUGUUGCUUCCAGGAUGGAAAGCACUGGAAAAGCGGGAUGCAUACAGGUGACAGAGGAGACGUGCCAAAUCCUGGAGAGUUUCGGCUAUUACUUCGAACAGCGCGGCCUGGUCGCCGUCAAGGGCAAGGGCCAGCUGAUGACCUACUACCUACAGGGCAAGCGGGACACAUCCAACGCUCAAACAGACAAACCCAUUACGGAGGAAGGUCGGACGUGUGAGAGCGAGGCCCUGCUGGCAAACGGCGCCCGACCGGCCGGCACUUCUCCACCGCUCCGCUCCCCGCCCCACGCAUGCGGCAAUGCUGCUCAACCUUUAUUACAAGCCUAAACCAUACUUACACCAUUAAAAAUAGCUUAAUCCGAUAUGUAUAUAAUAAUAAACAUCAUAAAAGACGAAGCUUAAAACCUUUAGAACCCUUUGCACUGCACGCACGAGAAUGCAUUAAAAGCUUAAAGUUGACUGGCAAAUUGGCAAAGGCAGUCUCAAUAAACACAGAGAGGUAUUGUUUAUAACCAGCUAGUUAUAACGAUCAUAACAAAUACUUAGUAUUAAUAAUUAUUGUCGGCGUAGUUAUAAAAAAUGCGUAGUAAUAAUUUUGAUUAUGAGAUAUAGAAAUUUGACUGUAGUGAUGUUUGAAGGUAUGAAGUUUGACAAAAACAAACUGUUUCAGAAAAAAGCUUGUAAGCUAGCAUACAACAAUAUAAAUGUUAAUAACGAGGGAAAAAUAUGGAUGUAAUAGCAUAAAACAGAGUACCUAACCAGGGCCUACUUGUGCUUGCUCGUCCUUACACCUCAUAUUACUUACUCAACAUCAGACAGAUUAAAAUUUAACGCAAUCAAUUUCCAAGUAAAAAAAAAUUUGAAUGAAUAAUUUGGAAUAAUUAUUUACACAGUACCUCAAAUAUAAUAAAUUCAAAAACAUUGGGGAAAGGCGGUCAAAAAUUAUAAAUUCCGUCCAACUAGUUACUUCAAUCAAUGAUAUUAUUCUUAAUCGUAACUAGUGGGAAGAAGAGGCCUUACCAAUUUUGAAAAGGGUUGCAUCCAUUGCUUUCACCUGUGGAAACACAGAAAUCUUAAUAUUAAUCAGAUUCAUAUGUGUGCCUACUUUUAUUGUAAUCUUUUACAAUCGUGCAGUGCAGACAAACUACCUCUCAAUUUGCUUGUAGGCAAACGUAGUUAUUAAAUUCUAAGCUUGCGGUUUGACAUAUGCCGACGGUUUGGUUUUGCUUGGAUACACUAGAAUGAACAGUACGUCUAACUUAAUGAGUACCAUAGAAAUGAAUUGAUUGAUACCUAUUGCAUGUGGAUAUGCCAUUUGCUUGAUUGCAACGGAAGCGGAACAAAAACACGACUCUUAUCCAGGUAUCAGAUUUGAAACUUCAAUUUUUUUAACACUUAUGUAACAUCGCAACAUCGUAAAACAAUAUCGUCCUUCAUCUUUGUACUUUUUUGGAUUUUCAUUUACUUUUCACUGUUAUUUAGGAUUUUUAUUUCUGCUUGUAUUAUAGAUAUAAUUUGAACACAUUAGAGUUUAUUUCAUACCUUUAGGCAGAUUGAGAUAAAACGCUUUUUUAUAGUAAAAAAAUCACAAAAAAAAACCCCAAACGUAUGGGUUUUCAUGUCAUCAUCACGUUUGUUACUUAAAUAUUUAUGUUUUAUAUUCACGUUUCUACCUGUGUAUUAAAAUCGCCAACAAAUUGCUUAAAAAUUGUGUUGUAUGGAAGCCCCUCUCAAAAAUCAAAAUAAAAAAGCGUAACUUAAUUUAAUAAUUUAUUUUGAAAGGUUAUAUUUCUUGUGUAACUAUAUACAAGAAAUUUUUUGUGAAAAUUUUAUGCGUCACCUUUUAAGCGUUACUGUUAUUGAUAUUGAGCAAAAAAUAAACGAAAAAAGCCCGUUCAUCGUAUUACCCCUAAAAUUUUUUUUUUUAUUUGCCGUUAUAGCGGCAACGAAUAUACAUAAUUUGUGAAAAUUUCACCUUUGUAGCUAUUUUUUUUGUUAUUUACUGUUCAUGCGAUACAACCUGGUGACAGACAGACGGACGGACUGACAGUGGAGGCUUUGUAAUAGGGUCACGUUUUCACUACUUAAGUACGGAAUUUCUAAUAAUAAUUCUCUUUUCGACCCAGUCAGUUGGGUAAAUCAACAUCAUAAAAUGACAUCUAAUAAAAUAGGUUUGAUUUAUUUUUUAACUAUUCGUUUAUGACAAUGUUUUUUUUUUUGCAGCAGUAUAGUCACACUAGUAGUGCCUUAUAAAAUGAAUUACUUUUAAUUAUUGAAUGAAUAACCAGAAUAUGUGUAUUAACAAUUGUCGAAACAUCAUGGUUGUAGGUACGGCGGGUCCCAUAGAUAAAUAUACCACCGUGUAUCGAUGUACAUAUGUGACAAAAUGGUACGAGUAUGCUUUUCUAGGUAUAAUACCUAGUUAGUGAUUGUGGUUUUUUAGUCUGAAUAUUUUUCUAGCAUAGGUUUCCUGUAAUUGUACAUGCCAAAAACUACUUUGCAGUGGUAAAGUGAACUCGCUCAUGUCCAAAACUAUCAAUUUUCGUUUUACGUUUAAAAUCAGUCAACCUUUCCCUAUUACAUAGACAUAUACUUUCGAUUUAAUUAGAUAUGUUAUUAAGUGGUUUAACUUUUAGCAUUAAUUUAAUAAAAUAUUUAUAAUAUAUAUCCUACGUAGAAUUAGAUUAAUUUAAAAGUAAGUAUUAAGAAGGCAGAAUUUUCAAGCCUUUUAUCAGUAAAAUUAUUUUAUUCAAGUACAAAAACGCCUUUGCGUUUUUAGCACUACUUUUAUUUGAUAUAUAUUUAUUUAUUUUAUUUUAUAACACACUAGCAGCUUAUUAAGCUGAUGCGUGUGUAUCCAAAACUUUGGAGAUUCUAUCUAAUCUAUUCUUAAAACUGUUGACCGAAGGUGCAGUGACAACACUCUCAUUGAGCCGGUUCCAGUCUCGAACUACACGAUUUGAUAUAAAAUUUUCCUUGGGUUUCCUCUUUUAUUUAUAUGUAGGUACAAAAUUGUUCCAUAUGUACUGAGUUAUAAUUUGUCAAUAUUUUAUGAAACACCAGCUGCUUUAUCAAAAUGGAUUGUGAAAUUUCUAAUAAUUUUCAUCAUUAAAUCGUAAAGUCCUAAUGUUAAGAGAAAGUCUGUGUUGCCUAAUGAUUGUUGCUAAAUAGUUCAGGUGACCUGUGACGUAGUUUCAUUAUUUUGGAACGUUAAUUUUAUUGGUAAUUGGCCCUAAAUGUAUAGUUAAGUGAGAGAAUACCUAUGUUAAUUGAAAUUUUAAUAUCGCGUUGUGUAAUUAGUCGUUAUUUAAACAAGUUCUUUAUUUGUAAUGUAAAAAGAAUCCUCUUUUAAAAUUUUAUCAUGUACGAUAUAUUGCCGCAAUACCAGCAAAACUAAUGAGUAGAAACAAUAACAGUGUAAUGCUAUAAAAUUUGCGGGAAAGUAUUUUAAUUUUUAACCGGAUACCGGAGGAAACCUACACACUCAGGCAACUGGAUUUGUAACCACGGAUGCUACCGGGACUUAAACCAGGAGAAAGAAGAUAACUACUUAUUUAGUUUGGUGAAUUUAUUUGAAAUUCAUUAAGAUUGUUGUCUGUCGCCAUGGCCUCAGCCGCCAACUCUGUUAAAUUAAAUUUGCUAAAGACACAUACAAACAGUAUAAACAUAAAGAAAGAAUAACUAAAUGCGAUAAACAUUGGUCACAUACCUAUGUCAUUAAAUACUUGAUGUAUUCCUUGUAAUUAUUAUUUGUUUGUGCCAUAUCGAGAUCUUGUAACAUGUGCGAGAAUGAUGCAUACUCGUAGGUAUUGUCUUGUGCGUAAGAAUGCCAUGUUUCAGUUAUGUAACUCGAAUAUUGCAGAUAAAUCUAUAGAUUAUGGUCAGUCAGUCAAUGUUGCCUCAUCUUCACUUUCGUGUAUUAAGUAGCUAUAUUGUGAUAUUCAUUAUUAGGUAGUUGUAGGUAUAGAUUUUAACAACAUCGAUAUCGCUUAUGUUUCUUAGAGACAUGAAUUAAUGUUUAGGUAUAAUUGUGUAGUAAUAGUUAUAUCAAUAUAAACUGUUAUGUUCUGUAUUCAGUACCUUAUUAUUUAUAAAAAAAAACUGCUUUCGUAAGUCGCCUAGCUCUAGCCUAAGUACAUUCUUGUUUUCGUGAAAGCAAUUUCUAUAAUCAUGAUAGAUGUAGGUAUCGUAACUACACAUUAUCGAUGAUAUUAUGGUUAAUAUUAUAUAUUAUAAAAAAACUCAAAUGUAGAUUUUUGUGGUGAUAUCAUUAUGUAUAUACUCGUAAUUACUUACCUACGUCUACUUAGAAAAAGUAUUUUUCUCUCUAGUGAUAUAAUCUUCCUGUGAUUUGUGACUAUUGAUAAUUUUAUACUAUAAGCUCAAUCAUUCCAAGGUUGAACUUUUCUUGGCUAUAAUUUAUUGAAUAAAGCAAUAUCUAUAAUGUAUUCUUCAA